GAACAUGUAUUCUAUUCUUCCUUUGGAAGAAGGGCCAAAAAAAUAAAAGAAAUAAAAAAGAAGCUCUCACUCUAAUGUUGAAAGCCUACAAAAAUGGGAAGAAGUUGCUAGUCAACAAAAUUCCACCACUUCCACACUCAAUCUCUCUUCUAAUAUAUCCUCUUCCCAAUUCUCAAUCCCAAACUCAUUAAUUGUUCAUUCAAACUCCCUUCAAUGGCUUCCUCUUCCCAUCUUCUUCUUUUUUUUCAUCUUCUUCUUCUUCUUCUUCUUCUUCCUCUCUCUGCAAAUUCAUCCUCCAUAGCCACUCUGCAAAACCUCCCACUCAAGCAUUAUGUUGUUUACAUGGGAAAUGGAGAAGAUGAAGAAACAGCUGGUGGUGAAUUGGAUUACCUGCAACUUUUAUCCUCUGUUAUUCCUUCAAGGAAAGAGAAAGAGAAAGAGAAUGGAUCGAGGGAUGUGGUGAUCCACCAAUAUCACCAUGCUUUCAAAGGCUUUUCAGCUAUGUUAACUGAGGAAGAAGCUUCUUCUCUCUCUGGUAUUGAUGGAAUCGUGUCGGUGUUCCCCGAUCCCACGCUUCAGCUCCACACUACACGUUCUUGGGAUUUCUUGGACUCCAUCUCCGGCCUCCGCCCUCCCACGCCGCUUCCCCCGCCGCAUUUUUACCCCAGUUCAUCGGAUGUCAUCGUCGGCGUCAUUGACACCGGAAUUUGGCCGGAGUCUCAAUCUUUCAACGAUGAGGGGGUUGGAGAAAUUCCAUCUAAAUGGAAAGGAGUCUGUAUGGAGGCACCUGAUUUCAAGAAGUCUAAUUGUAACAGGAAGUUGAUAGGUGCGAGAUACUAUAAUGUUGUAGAGCUCAAUGGGAAUGAUAGCCACGUGGGGCCGCCGAAGGGUACACCGAGGGAUUCGCUCGGCCAUGGGAGUCACACUUCGUCGAUUGCGGCUGGAGCCAGAGUCCCUAAUGCGAGUUACUUUGGCUUAGCAAGAGGGACGGCGAGAGGCGGUGGCACUCCUUCCACAAGGAUUGCAAGCUAUAAGGUUUGUGCUGGUGUUGGUUGCUCUGGUGCUGCAAUUCUCAAAGCCAUUGAUGAUGCGAUUAAGGAUGGUGUUGAUAUCAUUUCGAUCUCGAUUGGGAUUGGUUCCCCUUUGUUUCAAUCUGAUUAUUUGAACGACCCAAUUGCCAUUGGAGCACUACAUGCCCAAUUAAGAGGAGUUUUAGUUGUCUGCUCUGCUGGGAAUGAUGGCCCUGACCCUAACACUGUGGGGAAUGUUGCUCCUUGGAUUUUCACGGUUGCUGCUUCUAAUAUUGACAGGGAUUUUCAGUCCACUGUGGUUCUUGGCAAUGGGAAGACCUUUCAUGGGACUGGUAUAAAUCUCUCAAAUCUUACUAGCUCAAAGACUUAUCCUCUUGUAUUUGGAAAAGACGCUGCGGCUAAAUUCACACCCACAUCAGAAGCAAGGAAUUGUUAUCCAGGAUCGCUGGAUCGAUCCAAAGUUGCUGGGAAGAUCGUCGUUUGUGCCUCUGAUGACUUCAGUACUUCAAGGACAAUAAAGGAACUGGUUGUACAAGAUGCUAAAGCCGUGGGGUUAAUCCUGAUCAAUGAGGCGUCAAAAUCUGUGCCAAUGGAUUCAAACAUUUUCCCAUUUACACAAAUUGGGAAUUCAGAAGGUCUUCAGAUUCUCGAGUACAUUAACUCCACCAAGAAUCCAACAGCCACAAUUCUCAAAACAGUGGAAGUUCGAAGACUCAAACCGGCUCCAACUGUGGCUUAUUUCUCAUCGAGAGGGCCAUCUCCCCUUACUGAAAACAUUCUCAAGCCAGAUAUCACGGCUCCAGGAGUAUCCAUUUUAGCAGCUAUGAUUCCAAAGAGUGAUGGAGAUACCGGUCCAAUUGGUAAGAAGCCUUCCAAUUAUGCAAUGAAAUCCGGGACAUCCAUGGCAUGCCCACAUGUAGCAGGCGCUGCUGCAUUCAUCAAAUCGGUAUAUCACGAUUGGAGUUCUUCCAUGAUCAAAUCCGCACUCAUGACAACAGCAACUCAAUAUGAUAAUCAAAGGAAAUACAUGAGAAACACCACAAACAACCCUUCAAAUCCACAUGAGAUGGGAGCUGGAGAAAUAAGUCCCAUCAAAGCUCUUAAUCCUGGAUUGGUUUUCGAAACUACAAACGAAGAUUAUCUUCUUUUCCUCUGUUAUUACGGGUAUUCAAACAAGGUCUUAAGAUCCAUGUUGAAACAAAACUUCACCUGUCCGAAAACUUCGAAAGAAGAUCUUAUCUCUAAUGUCAAUUAUCCAUCCAUCUCCAUUGGCAAACUAGACAGAAAACAAGCUGCCAAAGUAGUAGAAAGAACUGUAACAAAUGUAGGAGCUCCAGACGCCACUUACAUUGCCAAGGUUCAUUCUUCAGAGGGUUUAAUAGUGAAAGUGAAUCCAAGGAAGAUUGUUUUCUCUGAGAAGGUAAAGAAAGUGACUUUCAAAGUUUCGUUUUACGGCAAGGAGGCUCGAAACGGCUACAACUUUGGGUCGAUAACAUGGCGAGACACUGCACAUUCUGUUCGAACUUUUUUUGCUGUAAAUGUAGUAUAAUUUGAUAGGAUUAUCUAUAUAUAUGCACAAGAAAUAAGAAAGAAAUACGAGUGAUAGUUGUAUAACAUUUUGUUUUGGCUCCAAUUUGUAUUGUUUCUAUUGUUUGGUUUGUAACGUAAAGGAAAAAAAAUGUAUAAUUUAUGUUCAAUAAAAUAUGAAAUUCAUGUUCA